AUGAGUGGGUGUUUCCCUUGCUUUGGAUCUUCGGGUAAAGACUCAGCUUCUAAAGAUUCGGUGAAGAAGGAAGUUUCAGCUAAAGACAGCUCAGUUAGUCAGUCUCACCAUGUCAGCUUAGACAAAUCAAAAUCUCGAGGAGGUCCUGAACAUAAGAAGGAGCUAACCGCUCUAAAAGAAGGGCCAACUGCUCAUAUUGCUGCACAAACGUUUACCUUCAGAGAGUUAGCUGCCGCCACUAAAAACUUUCGACUAGAAUGUCUUCUUGGAGAAGGAGGUUUCGGACGUGUUUACAAGGGUCGUCUAGAGAGCACCGGACAGAUAGUAGCUGUUAAACAGCUAGAUCGAAACGGUCUACAAGGAAACAGAGAGUUUCUUGUAGAGGUUCUUAUGCUGAGCCUUCUGCAUCACCCCAAUCUUGUGAAUUUGAUUGGUUAUUGCGCUGAUGGUGACCAGCGUCUUCUUGUGUAUGAGUAUAUGCCAUUGGGAUCAUUGGAGGAUCAUCUACACGAUCUUCCACCUGAUAAAGAGCCUCUAGACUGGAACACAAGAAUGACAAUAGCGGCAGGAGCAGCAAAGGGACUGGAGUAUUUGCAUGAUAAGGCGAACCCGCCUGUGAUCUACAGAGACUUGAAAUCAUCCAACAUUCUUCUAGGCGAUGGCUAUCACCCUAAGUUAUCUGAUUUUGGGUUAGCUAAGUUAGGUCCCGUGGGCGAUAAAACACAUGUCUCAACCCGUGUUAUGGGUACAUACGGCUAUUGUGCACCGGAAUACGCCAUGACGGGGCAACUCACAUUGAAAUCCGAUGUUUAUAGCUUUGGAGUUGUGUUUCUUGAGCUCAUCACAGGUAGAAAAGCGAUUGAUAAUGCUCGAGCACCCGGAGAGCACAACCUCGUCGCAUGGGCUAGGCCGCUGUUCAAAGAUCGCAGGAAGUUUCCGAAGAUGGCGGAUCCAUCGCUGCAAGGGCGGUAUCCAAUGCGUGGUCUUUAUCAAGCGCUUGCGGUUGCAGCAAUGUGUUUACAGGAACAAGCAGCGACAAGACCGUUGAUUGGCGACGUGGUGACAGCUUUAACGUACUUAGCUUCUCAGACGUUUGACCCUAAUGCAUCAAGCGGUCAAAACAGUAGAAGCGGUGGCGGGCCACCAUUUAUCAGGACAAGGGAUGAACGGAGAAGCAUGGGAGAUGGGAGUAGCUUGGAUAGUCCUGCAGAGACUCGUAGCCGGUUAGGUUCACCGGCGACUCACAAGAACUCUCCUGAUUACAGAAGAAGGGAUAUGGUSAGGGAAGUGAAUGCGGGAUCAGAGGCAGGAAGCGAAACUGGAGGUGGGUCAGGGAGAAAAUGGGGAUUAAGCGAUUUAGAAGGGACAGAAUCACAGAGAGGUAGUCCAGCAAGUGUUGGGAGAGCAUCAAGAGGUAAUCCGAGAAACCGGGAUUUAGAUAGAGAGAGAGCUGUUGCUGAAGCAAAGGUGUGGGGAGAGAAUUGGAGGGAGAGGAAGAGAGCUACCACUGGACAGGGCAGCUUUGAUAGUUCAAAUGACUAA